AUCACACUACCGCUCAGCCUGAUUUGAGCCUCCCCAUAAGAUUUAAAUGAGUUGCCUGCAUAUCCACUGAUAUAUUUCCAAGUCCGCCAGCAGUACAAUCGUCUUCAUUUCUCCAAACCCCAAGAUCGAAAUUUUCUCUUUAAUUAUCAACGUUGAUCAUUGUCCACAAUUUUCUCACUGUAACAAGGAUGGAUGAUACUUUUAGGAGGGUUUUCCCCUCGUGGCCAUCCUCAUCAUUACCGACGGCAGCCGCAGCACCUGCAACAUCGCCAACCGGAAACCCUACGCCGACGCAUAAGUCCGAAGGACUUUGCAACGAGUGUGGCUUGAUAGACUUCCGCCAGUUUAACACGCUCCUUUCACCCGUGAACGAAUCAGUGGCGGCCGAUCCAAACGUCUACGUCAUCUCUUUGUUCAAUAUCAUAAAGCACUCGAAGAAACGUAAAUGUACGUUCUGUAUGUUGCUUUUCGAUGCAAUAGUACGAAACGAUCCCUUCAACCAUCCGGCAAUUCGAGAACAUAUGCCCAAGAAGCAGCAGGAUAAGAGCUUCGAAGCUUGGGCGCGUGGAAUUAGCUGGUUCGAGGAUAACGUCAUGAGUAUUCCUCAUCCACUUGGGAGAGGAAGGAACAAAAUCGAACUUGAGCAAAGUCGGUCGGGAGAAGGAAACGCGGAAAUGAUAGAGGUUCGCAACAAGGGUCAUGAAGCGGCUAUGCAAAGCGGCGUCAUUGUCACCGCUGGAGCUGCCGGGGCAGCUACUCAGGGGGCUGCCUCAGAGAAGAACGAUGGACUGAAAGGUGUCUUCUCAGCCUUGGGCGCCGCCGGGAGUCUAGCUGCCUCUGUCAUUGCAUCAAAAGAUUUCAAGCUACCUGCUGCUGUGUGCGUUACGGUACACGGAGUUGGCAGCCCAAACGCAGGACUAAUUGAGGUCGGGCUUUAUGGAUAUGGCAAUUCACCACAGGCCCAGCUAUCUCUUCUAUGCUUUUUCAACCUCCGUGUUGCAUCUAAAUAUCAGAGCGCAGCAUUAGGUCUCCGAUAUGGAAACCUAAUGGAGGAAAAAGUUCGAGUCGAGAGUGAUUGCAAAGUGUGGCUGCGUGAUUGUACUGAGCAACACGGCAAAAAUUGUGGAGAGCCAGCUUGGUCAAAGAAUUUAAGACCACCUUCAGGAGAGCAUUUCAGGCUUAUUGACGUUCUUCAGAACAAGGUUGUCCAACCACCGUUCGGUAGCAAAGGGAUCAAGUACGCUGCUCUGUCUUAUGUCUGGGGGGAGGCCGGAAAGCAAGCCCUUCAACUGCGCGUUGAAAAUCUGAUGGACCUCAGCAAAUCCCUUAUUGGCCAUGAUAGAGAGGUGGCCAGAACUGUUUCCGAUGCCAUUGAGGUGGCCAAACGGCUGAAAAUUCGCUACUUAUGGGUGGACAGUCUUUGCAUCAUUCAAGAGCCAGAAAACACACGGGGCAGGGACGACUUAGAGGCGCGUCAAUCACAGAUACGGCAAAUGGACAGCAUCUACAGUUCCGCGCAGGUGGUUAUAGUAGCAGCAGCCGGCAAAGAUGCCGCCAGCGGACUGACUGGGAUAUCGUCACCUCGAGUCACAGGACAACUACAGAUCGCCAAAGAGGUUGUGGAAAACGUCAAUGUGUUACUUGCGGUCCAAUACGACAAAUCGUACGGCAAGUGGGAUACCCGCGGUUGGACUUUACAAGAGAAAAUGCUAUCGAAGCGAAUGCUUGUGUUUGGCGAAAGCUAUGUUAGCUUCCACUGCAGGCAUGGGAUUUUGAGAGAAGAUAUGCCCGCCAUACACGCCGGGAAUGGGCCUCCUCAAUUUCCCUACCUAUCCAUGUCGUCAACAGCCGGCAAAUCCUUAGUCAAACACAACUGGAACACCACGCCACUCUUAAUGAGAUCGCCCUUCUUCAGCGAAUAUGCGAAGCUUUUAGAGCAAUACACCAGCCGGGAUAUGACAAAACCCAAGGACUUUCUCAGCGGCGUCAUGGGCCUUUUGACGGUGCUGGAGGCUAUGAGACGAUCCAAUGAAUCUUCCACUAUUCAAACGGAGGAACGCCAGGCUCAUAUUUUGUAUGGUCUUCCAGAGGAAUUUCUCGACAUUUCACUCCUGUGGCAACCCCCCGCGGCUAAGGGAGUGCUUCUUGUGAAAAGAAACAACAAAGAUGCGCCAAGCUGGUCUUGGGCAGGCUGGCAAGUGAGCAAGGAUAACAGGGCUGGCGAAAUUGAGGAUGAGAAACACCAUGCUCGUCCAGGAAUUCGUUUCGAGGAACCUUUCCGAGUGGCUGCCAACGAGGAUCUGUCUCUGAAAAAGCACAUGGCACAUGGCGAACAAUCUGAAGAGCGUUUCAGACCACUUAUAUUGUGGUACAAGUGCGUUGUGGAGAGGGACUCGAAUGAUUACCCACAUUCUCGUCCUGUCCACUCAACAACCGAAACUGGAGCGAGACUCGUACCUAUCAAUGGCAAUGGACUGGGCUUUGCCUGCGGCUCGGACGCUAUCAAGAUCGAGAAGCAAUUCAUUGAAAGAGCUAGGCAAUAUCAAAGGUCCUACAGGCCCUCCGGGUUUCGACAACUUCCCUACAUCCCGCCUGAUAUUCCCCUCAGCGAUCGUAACCUUGUCUGCGAAACACAACAGGCUAAGUUCAAACUCAGUCGAAAGCCACAGGAAAAGGCUACGCGCAUAGAAACCCUCUGGGACCGUGAAGGAGGAAAGCUAUUUGCUUGCAAACAGUUCGAGAUCAAUGAGGUCGAAAUACUUGACGAAGAAGACAAGAUCGUGGGACACAUGAUUCUCACAUGCACGAGCCAAAACGAAACCAUAUUGACUGAAGAACAUGUCCUUAUCGUUAUGUCGGACUCCCAGUAUUGGGGAAACGAGGAGCGGGUUGAUGUUGUGGAUCUGCCAUUGUUCAAUGUCAUGGCCAUUAAAUGGGACACCAGAAGAGAAUUCGCGGAAAGGGUUGGCAUGGGUAAAAUAUUCAAGUCAGCUUGGAUGAGAGUACAGCCGGAGUGGACUCGGGUGAUCCUCGAGUGAGAUGGUGCAGGAGGAAAAUUGGAGUCUUAAAAUGUUUGGGAAUUAAGAAAUUUAUAACAGCUAAUGUUUAUGUUGGACCUGGCUAAAGGACGUUCUGAGAAUUUGGCUUUUGCUACUUUCAUCUGAUAUUUUAUUGCCAUAGCCAUCCAGUUUUAACUUCCCUCUCGCCUAAUUUUUCUUAGCAUCUACUCUUAGUAUAAUAGUGUUACGGCCAGCUAGUCGUAGGGGUAGUUUGCAGAAGUUGAGGCUGCGGAACUGGUAACAGUAAUCGUAGUCGUGGAAUAGUUUCAAGGAAACUAUGUCUGUCAAUCGUAAGGGUAGGUAAGGCUUCGGUGAUCAGUCGUAGUCUUGUCAAGGUAGUAGCUGAAAGCGGAUGUUAAUCCUGAUACGAAGUU